GCACAAGCACGAGGACUGGUCCAGUUCCCGCUCAGCAAGCCCUUGAGCAACACAUACCACUUUAUGCGUGUCGGGACAACUCUUCUGGAAGAAGACGAUAUUUGGAGCACCAACCCGCUCUUCUUGACCAACAGCGAGGACUCACUUUCACCCCGAGGAGAAGCACAGGUACUACAGGUUUGUCAGCAAAUCAUUGACUCUCCUCGCGGUCGUCCCACUGUUCUCAAAUACAGUUUGGCCGCUGCUUGCAUCGACACAGCUAAUGUGAUUGCUCGCGACUUGAAAAUUGGUGGCGACCGCCUCAUUCCUGAGUUCGUGUUUAUGGACCCACGGGGUAUUGGUGCCUGGGACAUGUCACGAAAAACGGAGACCUACCCAGCUGUCUGGGCCAUGGAUGCGGCCGAAGCCGGUAACGAUGGACUCGGCGGACGACCACCGCCCAAUACUGACGGCACCGCACACGAAACGCUGGGAGAUCAAUACAUACGACUACGUCAACUGCUAUCAUCGCUCGAAACACAGUAUUCAGGAGAUACCAUUCUCUUGAUAUUUCCUGAUGGAACAGGACCCGCACUCUUAUCCUGCAUGAUGGCAGGAAUCCCCUAUGCGCGCACACACGAACUCGAGUUCCGGCCAGGAGAAAUUCGCCUU